CACUAAGCUUAUACCUGACUGGCUGGUCUUGGCGCGUCACUGCCAGCUGAGGGCAGAGCUCUAUCACGCAGCUCUCCUCCGAGAUGGCGGCACUGUCAGUGUGUGGCGUUACCAGAAGAGGUCUCACGUGGAUCGUCUUAGGGGCACCACGCAGAGGAUUUUGGUCUCGAUUCAGAAAAGAGAAAAAGCCAGUGGUGGCUGAGACAGUAGAAGAGGUGAAGAAAGAGCCUGUUUUGGUGUGUCCACCCUUACGAAGCCGAACAUACAUACCACCUGAAGAUCUCCAGAGUCGUGUGGAAUCUUGUGUCAAAGAAAUUUUUGGCUCAUCUGUUCCUAGCAAUUGGCAGGAUGUGUCCCUGGAAGAUGGUCAUCUGAAAUUUGGUUUGUUGGCACGUUUAGCUGAUGACUUGGGCCAUGCAGUGCCCAACUCCAGGCUUCACCAGAUGUGUAGGGUCAGAGAUGUUGUUGAUUUCUAUAAUGUGCCUAUCUAUGAUAGAUCUAAAUUUGAUGAACUUAUUGCCAGUAAUCUGCCUCCCAAUUUAAAAAUCACUUGGGGUUACUGAGCAGUUCAGAAGAGGAAAUGUUGAAAUCGUUUGUCCUGAGCAAGGGGUUGGUUAUUAGAUUUGAUACUUUACCAUGUAAAAUGAUCAGAACUGUUCUCUAAACCCACUUUUUCUGUGGAAGAAUUAACAGCAGGAUUUUCUUUUUUCACAUUUGUUGAAAUUUUGUUGUUUUUUUAAUGGAAUCAGAUCAUUAAUCAUGUAUGAAAAUUUCCUUCUCUGGAGGACACAGUAAUUAAACUUGUUCUUUAGAUAUGAGGCUAUUAUAUGUUCAGACGUGACCUUUAUUCUUCAUAGGCAUAAAAUAAUAGAUGCGAAAACAUGUUUUAAUCCUGUUAGGGCUCUUAAAUCUAAGGUGGUAUUAUGUAUAGUACAAAUACAAAUAGGAAACUUGGAUAAAAGAAAUGUAAAAAUCUAUGUUGUUUAUUAUAGCAAGUUGUUUCUUUCACUGCUUUUCUACACAAGUAGAAAUAGUAGAAAAUGAUAGUGUUCAUUCUAGAUUAAUCUCUUUUGGAAUUAAAGUACAUUUUUUGAAGA